AUGCAUUCGCUGGCGCUGGCUGCAUCGCUCCCACCUGGUCACUACCACCACGACCGCACCUCACGUGCGCGCGUGCAUCACGUAUGCACGCACACACGUGCAGGCGUGAGCAUCCGCAUAAGGCAAGCGGUUGGCCGGCGCUCGUUCGCCCUCUCGCCUUCGCUACCUCUCUCCACUCUCCUCUCGCCUCCUCCUCAGGUGUACGAGAUGUGGAGUACAGAUAAGGCUCGUCCCCCGGCAGCGGCAGCAGCAGCAACUGCUGCCCUCACCCUUUUCACCCCUCCCUCUCUUGCCUUCUGCGCCUCACAGCAGCAUACGACACGGCGCAGUGCACUGCAGCGCGGUCACGCCUCACAGAGAUUGUGUGUGCGUGCGUGUGUGCACACGCACGCUCACAUAAUUCUGCGCGUCCGGUGA